AUGGCGAUGGCGGAGAAGUUCGACUCUCUGGAGGAGCACUUGGAGAAGUUCGUGGAGAAUAUCCGGCAGCUCGGCAUUAUCGUCAGCGACUUCCCGCCCAGCAGUCAGACUGGUCUCAACCAGAAAUUGAAUUUCAUGGUGACGGGCUUGCAGGAUAUCGACAAAUGCCGGCAGCAGCUUCACGAUAUCAGCGUGCCCUUGGAAGUCUUUGAAUACAUAGAUCAAGGCCGCAAUCCUCAACUCUACACUAAAGAGUGUCUGGAACGAGCUUUGGCUAAAAAUGAGCAAGUAAAAGGAAAAAUUGACACAAUGAAGAAAUUUAAAAGUCUGUUAAUUCAAGAACUGACAAAGGUGUUCCCAGAAGACAUGGCAAAGUAUAAAGCUAUUCGAGGAGAAGAUCCUCCUCCUUAAGUUGGCCUUUGAUAACUCUAAAAAUGUCAGUUCCAUAAAAACAUUGAUUGAAGAGAGGGGGAAAUCCAAGCCUUCAUAACAACUAUACUAAAAAUGGCAAUGAUGGACUGUGAAGGAGCUUGAUGAU